GACAAAGAGCUGGCCAAAAGAUUCAAGUCAAAAACAAAAGGGAUGCGGGCUGCUAUGGCGUUGCCAGCUUUCUGCUGCUGUCCCUGCUCUUUGGACCCGACACUCAGCCCUGGGUGCUUCGUACAACCAAGACGCUAUCAAGGGAAUGCGGGAGACGAAGGACACGAGCACGAGCACGUUUUGCCAUCCAUGCUGGAGUACACGAGCAACUGCUGCUCUCAGGCAGUAGCACCAGCCCUGGACGCCUCUGUUCCAUACACCGGCGGUUCGUGGCUGGGCCUUAGCUCGUGGCUUUGGAUUUGGUUCAGGCUCAGGCCCGUGGCUUUGGCUCUGGCUCUGGCCCGUGGCUUUGGCUCUGGCUCUGGCCUUGGCCUUGGCCUCGCUCACCCAACACCAACGUGAUGCAGACAGGCGAUGACGACUCGGCCUCAACGAGUCUCUGAUCUUCCUGCAGCACGACGUGUGGGAACUGGACGCAGACCCCUGCCUGGCGCGCUGGCCCCAGUCCAGCCCAGACCAUCUGGGCAUCCACCGGCUCAUCCUUGUCCUUGGCUGCAACACCGAGCAUCUUGUCUCGUCAACUGUCCAAUCCCUUGACCCUAUCCCACCCCGCCUCCAGCGUCGCCGGCUUGUGCCUGGCCCUAACUUUGUCGUCCACAACGACAAGCUUGCUGACUUUCCCCUGCCUGCUUCAUGUCUGCAGCGAGAUAGACGUCCCGAGCGCUGCCAAUUCGGCCUGUACGAUUCCUGUCCGUCCCUCGUUUC